AUGGGUCGCAAGCCUAGGAACCGAAGAAACAGACAUAGGAGAACAGAUUGUUUGGCAACGUCAUCGCCAUUGGCUCAAGGAGACGUGAUUCAAGCAUUUUCACCGGAAACCAGCUCAUCACUAGACGAUUCUGCUUGUUCUCUGAACGACAGUGGCUGUGUGCCUCACAGCAAUAUGAGUGGACCGGAACGAAGGACCAUCCACAUGAGCCACUACCAGGGUGGCACCCUCAAAGACAAACUAGAUCAAGGUGACAAAGUUUUCAAAACUGUUGAAGAUUUUGUUAGCACCUAUGUUGAGGAUCCCAGCAAACGCCGACCCAUCAAAAAGAUGCUGGUUGCCACAAAUGGUAUUGCAGCUGUUCGUUGCAUUCUUUCGAUUCGAAAGUUGCUUAUGCAACUAUUCCGCAACGAUCGCAUAAUCAAAUUCAUUUGCUUGACAACAGAACAAGAAAUACGCUCAAAUGCUGAGUAUCUAAAACUUGCUGAUCACUUCGUUUUCUCUCCUGGCGGUGAUAACAGAAACAAUUAUGCUAACGUCGAAGAAAUAGUUAACCAUGCAGUUGAAAAGGAGGUUGACGCUGUAUGGGCUGGCUGGGGUCAUGCUUCUGAAAAUCCGGAGCUUCCGAAGCAAUUAUCAGCUCGUGGUAUCGUUUUCAUUGGACCGCCAGCUAGUGCCAUGUUUUCCUUGGGCGACAAAAUCGCGUCAACAAUUAUUGCGCAGACUCUGGACAUUCCUACCAUUGAAUGGUCUGGUAGCGGAUUGAAACUAACUCUGCAAGAGGAAAGAAAAGAAGGUGAACACGUCUCCAUCACAGAAGAUCUCUUCAACCAAGCAAUCGUAUCGGACCUCUAUGAGGGGUUAAGAGCUGUCGAAAUUCAUAAAAUUGGAUAUCCUCUUAUGAUAAAAGCAUCAGAAGGUGGUGGAGGUAAAGGCAUCAGAAAGUGCAAAAACGAAGCAGACUUCAAGGAGAACUUCGUCCAAGUACAAACUGAAGUGCCUGGCUCACCCAUUUUCAUAAUGAAGUGUGUUGAGAAUGCGAGGCAUAUCGAAGUACAGCUCAUUGCAGAUAGGUACGAGAAUGUAAUCCCGGUUUUUACUCGUGACUGUUCUAUUCAACGGCGGUGUCAGAAAAUCAUUGAGGAAGCGCCCGCUAGCAUAGCUCCUAAAGAGACUCUGCGUCGAAUGCAACAAGAUGCUGUAAAAAUCGCUAAGCUGGUGGGCUAUGAGUCAGCUGGUACCGUUGAAUAUAUGUAUCUCCCCGACGAAAACAGAUACUUUUUCCUCGAAUUGAAUCCGAGAUUGCAAGUCGAGCAUCCUUGUACUGAAAUGCUUGCUAGUAUAAAUAUUCCCGCUAUCCAAAUGCAAAUCGCCAUGGGCCUUCCCUUAAACAGAAUAACCGAUAUCCGAUUGUUCUACGGACUGGAUAGAUACGGGACUACACCAUUACCAGAAGAACUUGUACUUACCGACACGGAAUACAGUGUUAUUGCUGCAAGAAUUACAUCUGAAGAUCCAGAGGACUUUUUCCGACCUUCCACAGGCUCGGUUGAAGUGCUUAACUUUCGAUCUGCUCAAAACGUUUGGGGAUACUUUUCGGUAUCAAGUGCUGGAAAAGUGCACGAAUUUGCUGAUUCACAAUUCGGUCAUCUAUUUGCUAGAGGUCGUACUCGUCAUGAAGCUGUAUCCGUGAUGUUGUGUGCUCUACAAGAACUAGAACUACGAGCUUCCUUCGCUUCGCAAGUUUCAUAUCUUGUUGACAUGCUCAAGGAGCCUGACUUCACGGAGAAUCGUUUCAAUACACAGUGGCUUGACAACCGCAUUGCCAACAAAGUUCUUCAAAAAGCUCCACUUCCAAGGCAUGAGAUGAUUGCCAUUAGCAGUGCCGUAAUCGGGCAUGCUCGCGUCACAGCUGCUUUUAAUAACUUUAAGAAUGCAGUUGAACGAGGACAGGUGCUCCCUACUAAGGAUCUCACAGAAACAUUCCUUUUCGAUCUCGUAAAAGAUAUGAGCAUUUACAAAGUCACAGUUACUCGAAGCGGACCUCUUAACUAUAUCAUAACUCUGAACGGUGGCAAGACACAAGUAGAAAUCCGUUUGCUUGGCGAUGGUAGUCUACUCGUCACUCACCAAGAGCGUAGCUACACUUGCCAUCUUGAGGAAACUUCCGAUAAGUUCAAGGUGACGAUUGGCCGAUCUAUUGUUGUGUUUGAAAAGGAUAACGAUCCAACAGUCUUAAAAUCACCAUAUACUGGAAAACUGCUUGGGUACAAGAAACAGAAUAAAGAAUGGGUCGGAGUUGGGGCUGUGUAUGCUUCUGUUGAAUCAAUGAAGCUCGUAUUCAACGUCGAAGUCAAGAAGGCUCCAGGAAGGCUUGAACACGUCGCAAAGGAAGGUGAUCUCUUGUAUCCAGGUUCAGUUAUCGCUCGCUUAGUGGAUCAAAAGGAUGGUGAGAAAUAUAAACCAAAGCCAUUCUUGGAGUCGUUCCCUGAAUGGACAGAACUUUCUGAGCAUGAGCGAGUGCUUCCUGAGACCAAAAGACUCAACAACUGCUUAGACAUGUGUAUGAAUAUUCUCAACGGAUCUAUUCCUCCUGGAGCAAAAUUCAGCAUGAAGCUGCUUGUUGAAGAGCUGUUUUCCUAUUUAGAAAGCACUACGUUACCUCAUGCCCUUCUUAAGCAAACCCUUAAUCCGAUGCUCAACCGAAUUCCGGAGAAGUUUUCUUCAAGGAUGAAAGACGCAACGAAGGCUGAGUCGAUGCAAAACUUCUCCAUCAUUAAGUCUAUACUGGACGACUAUUUCGUUUCGUUGAGCCACACUGAGUGGGAGACCGCAAAAGCUGUUUGUAACACGGUGUAUCAUAUCUGCGAAAGGUUUGAAGGUGGGAUCCUCUCAAGUACAGGUUAUGUGCUUAACUCACUCUUGGCUGAAUACAAGCAGUGUGAACGGUUUUUCGAAGGUCGUGUCUACGACGACGCUGUGGCUUUGUUGAAUGAGGAGUUCGGCUCUGACAAGGAUCGCGUUGUGGCCAUGAUUUAUUCGCACACUCAACUCAAAGGAAAGAACAAAUUUAUGUUGGCACUGCUGGCGGCUAUCGAAAGGCGUGGAAUGCACUUGGUCGCACCUCUGGCAGAUAACCUCCGAGAAAUCGGAAAUAUGUUCCACACGGACGAGGUGUGCAAUCAAGCCAGGCAGCUUCUUCUCCAGAAUAGUCAAAUCAAGUACAGAAAAUUCUUGAAUAAAAUUGUUUGGGAUAUUGAAAAGGUGAACCUCGCUGAUAGAGACAAAAAAGAAGUGUUGCCGGUGAAUGAAGCCGUGGCAAAACUCAAAGGGCUCUUUGGACAGAUGAUGGAUAGAGGGAUGACCCCAAAGGAAAUGUUCAGCUCUAGUCCGUGGGCUCAUAAAGCCAUCCACGAGUUCUUCUUCGAUGAGAAGCUAGCUGAUUUUGCUAUACGUGCUUAUAUCGGGCUACAUUUUGCUGUCGACGAUGUAACAUGUACAGCUUUACAUUGUGCAAAUCAAGAUGCGAAGGUUUAUGACUUCUUUGUGGACAACUCCAAUCUUGUGCAUUACAUGAUCUCUCCUACCGUAGAAAGUAACCAAUACCUCUCCAUUAUCAAGCUUAGUGUGAAUCGAGACAAUUUUGUUCAAGCGAUAACACACGAAAACUUGAUCAAUUCACUAGUGAGCAAGUUCUCUGAGUGUGGAAUAAAGUCUAACGGCAUCCGAUCGCAGCUUCGUGUAACUUUAUUGGUGAAUGUGAUCCAACCAGCAACUCCUUCGCAGUCCAAAGAUGGGCAUCGUGAAGCACAGCUUGAGGAGCUGCCCGUCCACUCGGAUUACGACGAUCAGAUUGUUGCGGAAGCAGAAAAUGCCUCUCACAUUAUCCGAAAUGCUCUAGCCGAUAAGCUUACGGCAGUUGACAUCCUCACUCACGUUCUCGUUUGUAAUUCGUGCAAACCACUCACGCAGGUGGAUCUACUCGGCGCAGAACGUCUUGAAUUGUGGCGUUUGCCUUCAGAAGCCCGUCUUGUUUCUGAUCGUUUGUCAAAUUUGAACGUGUUCAAGUACGAUGAUCCAGACAAACGAUUCUCUAGACUUUUCGUACGAGAAAUUCUCGAGAUACCAGUGCGUACGGUGGAUGACAGCUUUGAGGAAAUCGAGAAUACAGUUUCGGCUCAACUCGACAGUGCAUGUGGAGCUAUAAACGUUGCCAUGCGGAAAUUUAAGAAGAAUAUCUAUGUGUCGAAUCAUGUGUUUCUGUACGUCACGUUCCCGAAGAUGCAGGCUACUUUCACAAGUGAUUACCAGGAUGAAUUGGAUUCAUUGUUCGAAGAAGCAGUUAAAGAACAACGCGACGUGUUAUAUAAACAUCAUGUGACAGAGGUGGAAAUUGUCUAUACCAAGCUUUCCGCUAACGAACAAGUUCGCGAGUUAUGGAAACGUCGGGUAAAGUUCUUAGAUGAAACUGGUGUAACUCCUGAAUUCGGUAUAUACGAUGAGCACAAGGCCGUCAUUUAUCCGCAAAAAUUAUCUCAUUUGUUGUAUGGAUCCAAGCUAUCUCCUCAUUCCAAGAUUAAAAAAAUUGAAAAGAAGCGGUCCUCGACAAGAGCAAUUGGCACUACGUACGUUUACGACUAUCCGACAUUAAUUGGUCGCGCAUGCCUUGAAGAAUGGAAAAAGCUUCAGGAUCGCUCAGAAGACUGUAAGGACGGGUCGAAUUUGUUUCAACAGCAGUUUGAAUUGCUUACACCUAUUCAACGAGCGGGCUAUUACAAUGGCGAUUAUCGACAGUUCUUUAUCGAGGAGGAGUUAGUUGUAAAGGAUGACGAAAUUGUUCGAAUCUCGGAUAAGGACGAGCUUAAGAAACGUGCGGACAAUUGCAAUAAUGAGGCAGGGAUGGUUGCCUGGCAGCUGCGACUGUUUACGCCUGAGAAGCCGUUAGGAUACACCAUUAUUGCUAUUGCGAACGACAUUACAUUCCAAUCUGGAUCGUUUGCAACUCAAGAAGAUUUAUUGUAUAGCUUGGCUUCGGAAUAUAGUCGAAAGCAUAAGUUCCCUCGCGUAAAUGUUUCUUGCAACUCCGGUGCACGCAUCGGACUCUGUGAUGAUGUAUCGAAGGUGUUCCGAGCAAAAUUUAAGCAUCCGGGUCAUCCUGAAGAAGGUUUUGAGUAUUUGUAUGUCAAUGGGAGUGAUGAGGAGUUGUUGAAAGAUCAGAUCAUGUACGAGAAGAUGCCCAACGGCUUGCUGCGACUGAAGGCUGUUAUUGGAAAAGAGCAUGAAAAUAUUGGUGUGGAGAACUUGCAAGGAUCUGGACUAAUAGCCGGAGAAACAUCAGCAGCUUAUGAUGAAGUUCCAACAUACUGUCUGGUCACCGGUAGAACCGUUGGUAUUGGAGCGUACACGGCCCGGUUGGCCCAUCGUAUCGUGCAGACUCGUUCUUCUCAUCUCAUUCUUACGGGUGCACCUGCUCUCAACACUUUGUUAGGAAAGGAGGUUUAUACUUCUAACAACCAGCUUGGAGGAAUACAAAUCAUGUAUAAAAACGGAGUCACUCACGCCGUGGUAAACGAUGAUUUCGAGGGAAUUUGCAAGAUCAUUCAGUGGAUGAGCUAUCUACCCGAUGAGAUACCAUCAUUUCCUUAUCGCCGGUCCCUUGGAUUCGAUUCUGCCCCUAGACCCGUGCAAUUCAAUAUCGAACCCAACAAAGCGUAUGAUAUCCGACAACUUAUCGACAGUCAUGAUACAGAAGGGACUCGCGGCAUUUGCGAUUCGAACUCCUUCGAUGAGAUCAUGAACGACUGGGCAAAGACGAUAAUUGCUGGAAGAGCACGAAUUGGUGGCAUUCCCAUUGGAGUAGUAUCAUCUGAACUCCGCAACGUUAUGUCCGUCAGCCCUGCCGAUCCUGCUUCGCCGAACAGUCAGUCAGUCGAAGUACAUCAGGCUGGACAAGUUUGGUACCCGGACUCCGCUUUUAAAACGGCUGAAGUUAUCGGUGACUUCAACCGCGAAGGGCUUCCACUUUUGUUUAUUGCUUCAUUACGUGGAUUCUCCGGUGGGCAACGAGACAUGUUUGAAAUGGUGCUCAAGUUUGGCGCUCAAAUUGUAGACGCACUACGGCAGUAUCGAAUGCCUGUGAUCAUCUAUAUCCCGUGUCAAGGAGAGCUUCGUGGUGGUGCCUGGGUGGUACUUGAUAGUAAAAUCAACCCUGGUUUCAUUAGUAUGGUAGCCGACAAAGAAUCUCGAGGAGGAAUUUUGGAAGCGAAUGCGAUUGUUGGCAUAAAAUUCCGUGAUGAUAAGUUGCUUGCACUUCAAAAGCGGAACGAUGAAAUCAUGCAACAACUUGAUGCGAAAUUUGUCGAACAAGUUAAGCUCUUCGGUGCUGACUCUUCCGAAGCCAAUCAAGCGCGGGCAUUGAUCACGAAGCGAUUCGAGGAAUUGAAAAAGUCGUAUAGAUUAGUAACAGUCGAGUUUGCUGAUUUACACGACCGAGCUGAGCGGAUGUCCGCUAGAAAAGCUGUCCAACAUGUCACUGAUCUCGCCAAUUCGCGUAAUCUUUUCACACAGAUAUUCGCGUUAGAAACGGCAAAAAUUCAUCUUUGUGAAAUAUACCUCGAUCGGGCUGAUCGACAUACCACCCGUCAAGAGGCCUAUAAAUGGGUAUCUUCUCGCUUCGCCGAGUUCCGAAAAGACAUCUCUUCUCUACCUCCUGCCGAACAGAUGAUCGCUUUGGAAGAAUUUGUAACAUCUGGGACUUUCGGUCGACUUGUUGACCAAGUUCGAGAAGAAUCUGUUGAGCGGGAGUUAUUGAUGAUGUCUGAGCAAGAACUGCGUGAUAUGAAGCGAAUACUGGAACGAUGCGCAGCUCAACGAAAGUUCAUUUUAUAA